AUGGGUGAAAUAUGGGUUCGAGGAGCUAGCAUGAUGCAAGGUUAUCUUAAUAAUGCACAUGCUACAGAGUAUAUGGUAGAUAAACAGGGUUUUGUGCACACUGGGAUCUUGGGUAUUUUGAUGAUCAAGGUUGCACCGGUAGAGCUUGAAGUGCUUUUACUUUCACACUCUGAAAUAUUGAAUGUUGUAGUAAUUCCUAAUCAGUAUAAGUAUUAUGGUAGGUUUCCCAAUAUGGAAGCUGGCGAAGUCCCAAUUGCAUUUGUCGUUCGGUCUCCAAACAGUUUGUUGACCGAAGAUGAUGUUAAGAAAUUUAUUGCUGAACAGGUUGCACCUUAUAAAAAGAUAGAAGCGAGCGACAUUUGUAAACAAUGUGCAAAAUCGGCUGCGGGGAAACUUCUACGGCGGGAACUUAUUGAAAAGGUUCGAUCCGAAACAUAAGAUUUU